AUGUUGGCUCAGAAUGUCCUGAAAUUUGGUGAAUUCACGCUUAAUUCCGGACGCAUCAGCCCCUACUUUUUCAAUAUGGGCAGUGUCAGUGACGGUGCAGCGUUUGCUCAACUCGGACAAGCGUAUGCUGACGCGAUUCUGGCCGCAGGUCUGGAUUUUGAUGUGCUGUUCGGACCGGCCUACAAAGGCAUUCCAAUUGCGGUUGCCACGGCGAUAGCGUUAUCCCAAAAGGGCAAAAACGUCGGCGUGGCGUUCAAUCGUAAGGAAGCGAAAGACCAUGGAGAGGGCGGCAUGCUGGUGGGCGCGCCGGUCACCGGCAGGGUUUUACUGGUAGAUGACGUCCUGACCUCAGGUAAAGCCAUUCGCAGCGCCGUGGAUCUCAUCAGCGCCACCGGGGCUCAGAUCAGUGGGGCGGUGAUUGCCAUGGAUCGCGAGGAAGUGAUUGAUGUGGAUCAACCCAAAGCGCUGCAGACUACCGCGGUUGCGGCAUUGGCUGAAGACCUCGGUGCACCUGUGAUCAGUAUCGCAAAAAUGUCUGACCUAGUAGGCUAUCUUGCCGUGUCGGACAAGAUGGCUGCAUCGAAUACGCUGGCUCAGAUGCGCGAGUAUCAGGCACGGUAUUGUGUGGCGGAUGAAUCUGGUGCGUUGGUGUUUUCCACCACCAUACCCGCAGAUCGCGUGCGCUUUGGAUAUGAUCUGGUAGAUGCCCACGGCAAUCUGAUUCAGCGUGUCGACCCCCAACUCAGCGACGAAGCCUAUCAGCGCAAACUUGAGCGCGAGGCGAUGAUCCGUGAGUGCGAAAAAACCCUGGAUCGAGUGCGUAAGCUUUAUCAGGCUGGAGCGGAUAUUGAUUACGCGGAAGUGCAGGGUCUUGAAUCCAUCGAUGAAGCGAUUGCCAACAUCCGCGCGAAUCUAGCUGUGGUCAGAGGUCAACGCGAGGAUCUGGAAGCCCAGGCGGCGCAGAUUGAUAUCGGUGGCGGCACCAUACCUAAUUCUCUGUUAGAUCAGAUUGAGCGUGCAAAAACUCAGGAGAAGACCCUGUCCGAUGAAAUCCAGAUGCGGUUCGCGGAAAAGCUUGAGUUGCGCAACAUGUUUGCCUUCGACCGAAAAGUUUUUGUGCUGCGUAGCUGUGAAAAUGGCUUACCGGAUAGAGACGCCAAGGUAACUGAAUAG